CCCAUCUUUAAAGUCUCCCUUUUUAGCAAUAAAUCUCUCUCUCAUAAUUUGUUUCCUUCUGGUUCUUCCUCCCCUCUCUCUCUCUUUACUUUCUCUUUAAUCACACUCAUUCUUGAAUCUUAAUUCAAGAUCUUCCUUCUGUUCAUCCAAUCCAUACUUUUCCUCUUGGGUUUUCAGAUCAAAUAAAAUUUACUGUUUUAGGGUUUUUCUUUCCCUUUUUACGAUGGCGAGAGAGAAGAUUCAGAUCAGGAAAAUCGACAACGCGACGGCGAGACAAGUAACUUUCUCUAAACGAAGAAGAGGUCUUUUCAAAAAAGCUGAAGAGCUCUCCGUUCUCUGCGACGCUGAUGUUGCCCUCAUCGUCUUCUCUUCCACCGGAAAGCUCUUCGAGUUUUGUAGCUCCAGCAUGAGGGAAGUAUUAGAGAGGCAUAAUUUGCAGUCAAAGAACUUGGAGAAGCUUGAUCAGCCAUCUCUUGAGUUACAGCUGGUUGAGAACAGUGAAAAUUCCCGGUUGAGCAAAGAAAUUGCAGACAAGAGCCACCAACUAAGGCAAAUGAGAGGAGAGGAACUUCAAGGACUUAGCAUAGAAGAGCUGCAACAGCUGGAAAAGGCCCUUGAAGCUGGUUUGACGCGCGUGAUUGAAACAAAGAGUGAGAAGAUUAUGAGUGAGAUCAGUGACCUUCAAAGAAAGGGAAUGAAAUUGAUGGAUGAGAACAAGCGGCUAAGGCAGCAUGGAACACAACUAACAGACGAGAACGAGCGACUAGGCAAGCAAAUAUAUAAUAAUAUGCAUGAAAGAUACGGUGGUGUUGAGUCGGAGAAGACCGCCGUGUACGAGGAAGGGCACUCGUCAGAGUCCAUUACUAACGCCGGAAACUCCACCGGCGCUCCUGUUGACUCCGAGAGCUCCGAUACCUCUCUAAGGCUCGGCUUACCGUAUGGCGGUUAGAGAUGGAACCAUACAAAGAAGUUGUGGAGUGAGGAGAUACUCUGUGGUAACAAGUGGCAAUGUAGUAAUUUCUCUUGUUUGAUGUAAGUUUUUGUCUGAGGAAGAGGUUUUCCUUUUACUCUAUGAUAUUAUUAGCUCUCUUCACUGCAUUUCUGUGUUAUCAUCAUCAACAUACGGUAUGUUUAUGCUGUAUUGACCAAUCUGAUAGUGUAACGUGGCUGUCGACCUCAUAGUAUAUCUCUUGGUACA